AUGUUGGGUCAGUUUUUAAACUUGUUUUUUUUUUUUGAAAAAGAAGCCUGAGUUACUGAGUGAUAUGUGAGAGUGAUGCACCAAAGCGAGCUUUCGAAGAAAAUUUGAAAAUAUGUGUCACGAUCCUCAAAACUUUUGAAACCUAUCUUUGCCCACUUUUGACAGGGAUUUUCGUACAAUGCAGUAUGUAACUUGUUCAACGUCACCACCGACGACGUCGUCGUCAAAGGAGAAUUUUCUGGCGACGUCAUCUGGCUGAUGCUCAACUACAACCUGACUUCGUGCGGUUCUUUAGAAGACAUUCAGAUGGUUUUAAGGAAUUCGUACCUUUCCAAGGUUAAGAAUUCAGAUCUGGUCAAAACCAUACUGUCAGACAAUCGUAUCGGGUGCGAUUGAGCCGAUGUUACAUUGGAAAAUCGACGUUGACGGCAACGAGUUCAGGUGGAUUCAAACGAUUCACAUCCACCGUUGAAGUUUUUUAAUGGUUUACAGUGCAAGGACAAUUUCCAACGGAACGCUUUCCUGUGGUGGUUAUCGUGUAUUCCCGCAAACUUCUUGCGCGGACGGGCUUCACAAAAAUGUUGACACACAGUAUAAACAGGCUGUUUGCGUAACAGAAUUUUACACAUUCCAAUAAACUUCGAAUAGAAAAAUUAAGAAAACUCCAGCCAAGGUAAACAGGUUGAACAGAAAAAAACUUUUUAAAAAAAUUGGAAGUUUAUGUAAAUAAAUAAAUAUAAGUAAAACUAAUCGGAGACCCCAUGCAGAACAAAUAAAUUUGAAACAUUGAAAAGUUUAUGAAUUUCCAGCCAAACGCUGGAAAAAGGCCAAAAAACGCCAUCAAUCGGUUGCUAGCCACCAAAGCAUUAUUUGAGAGCUUCUCACUUCUGAAAAAAUGGCGGCUCGUUAUUUAUUUUUAUUCCUUUUUUCGGAAAUUAUCCUUCAAGGUUGCGAUUCAUUCUCCUACAUCCGAUUCAAAGGAACUUACACUGGGGUCAAUGUUUCUGCACAAUUUUCUGAUAUAGGACCCGAAGACGACUGUAAAGCUUUGUGCGAGAAAAAAAAGAGGAUGUUGGGUUGGUUUUUAGUAAAUAUUUUUGAAUUCGAUAGUCCUACUGGUGUUAACGAAACUUCACAAUUUACAAACAUCGCAUCGGAAGAAGACUGUAAGAUGUUGUGUCAGAAGAAAAGAGGAUGUUGGGUCAGUUAUUAAACUUUUUUUUCUUGAAAAAAAGUCUAUGUUACUAAGUUACGUGCACCAAAGCGAACUUUAGAAGAAAAAUCGAAAAUAUAAGCCAGAGCCUUCAAAAUUUUUGAAGCCUAUCUUUGCCCACUUUUGACAGGGCUUCUCAUACAAUACAAUCUGUAACUUGUUCAACGCCACCACCGACGACGUCCUCGUCAAAGGGGAAUUUUCUGGCGACGUCAUCUGGCUGAUGCUCAACUACAACCUGACUUCGUGCGGUCCUUUGGAAGACGUCAAAAUGCUCUAGCGGAAUACUUACCAUUUCGAGGAUUGGAUAUUCAGAUAUUAUCCAAGCCAUACUGCCAGACAUUGGAAGAGGAGGCUGAGCCAAUGUUGCAUUGGAUAGUCGACGUCAAUGGCAACGAGUUCAGGUAAAUUUGAUAAUCAUACAUAAUUGAUUUUGGAACUGAUUUACAGUGCAAGGAAAGUUUCCAAUGACACUCUCUCAUGUGGCGGCCUUCGAAAAUACCCGCUUACAAGCUGCAUGGACGGAUUAUACAAAACUGCAGACAUGCAGUAUAAAGAACUCGUUUGCGUUACAGAGUUCUACACAUUCCAAUAAACUUCAAUAAAAAAAAACAAAAUCAAGCAAAGGUAAACAGAUUGAAAAGAAAAAACAAAUAAAAAUUCAUGUGAACAAAAAAUAAUAAAAAAUUGAACUAAUCGCCGAAAUUUUCUUAUUUUCUUUCCAAAGACUAAAAAAGGGCCAAAGAGGCCAUCAAGCGGUUGCUACCCACCAAAGCACUAUUUGAGUGCUUCUUGUUUUUAAGAAAAUGUUGGCCCGAUAUUUAUUUGUAUUCCUUGUCUUUGAAAUUAUCUUUCAAAGUUGUGAUUCAUUUUCCUACAUCCGUAUCAAAGGAACUUACACUGGAGUCAAUGUUUCUGCACAAUUCUCUGAUAUAGGAUCCGAAGACGACUGUAAAACUUUGUGCGAGAAAAAAAGAGGAUGUUGGGUUGGUUUUUAGUAAAUAUUUUUGAACUCGAUAGUUCUUCUAUGUUCGUCUCUUCCCAAUUCAAUUACGAUAUUUCCAUCAGGGCUUCUCGUAUAAAACAGUCUGUAACUUGUUCAACGCCACUACCGACAACGUCUCCGUAACCAGAAAAGAUUCUGGUGACGUCAUUUGGCUGAUUAUUAACUACAACUUGACGACUUGCGGUUCUUUGGAAGACGUCGAUAUGGUCUUGAGGAAUAUUUAUUUCUUUGAAGGUUGGAAUUUCAGAUCUUAUCCAAACCAUACUGUCAGACAUUGGAAGAAGAGGCUGAGCCAAUGUUGCAUUGGAUAGUCGACGUCAAUGGCAACGAGUUCAGGUAAAUUUAAUAAUAAUACAUAUUUGAUUUUUGAAACGUUUUACAGUGCAAGGACAUUUCCCAACGACACUCUCUUAUGUGGCGGCGUUCGAAAAUACCCGCUUACAAGUUGCAUGGACGGAUUAUACCAGAGUUUCAACUCACAAUAUAAACAACUCGUUUGCGUUACAGAAUUCUAUAAAUUUGAAUAAGCUUUUAAUUUACCCAUUGAAAUAAUGAACCUGAUAUUGAAGUUUUGUUUUUUUUUUUCCAUCUCGAUUAGAAAAAGAAACCAAAAGCGGCCGGCCUUUGCUGUCGCUAACCAUAAAACAUUUUUGGAAAACUUUUUCAGUUGUAAAACAUGCUGUCCAACUCCUUUCUCCUUAUUCUCCUUCUAGAGCUUGGCUUUCCAACUUGUCAUUCAUUCUUUUAUAUUCUGAUCAAGGGCUCUUAUACGGGUGUAUCCCCUGAGUAUCAAUAUCAGAACAUCAGUUCGGAAGACAAUUGUAAGACCUUGUGCCAGAAGAAAAGAGGAUGUUGGGUUGGUUUUUUAAAAAUGAAUUUGUUUGAUGAAAAAGGGUAUGAAUCCGAAAUGUAAAUUGCUUGAAAGAAAAAGCUUCAUUUGAUCCAUUCACCAUAAUUUAAAUAGAAUGAUUUCUCCACGUAUUUUCCUUCCUCGGCUAUGAUUUCGCGCUCUUAUGACCAUUCUAGUGGAAGAAAACAAAGCGGAGACAAAAAAAGCCAUGUUCCUAGAGCUCAAGACUGAAUAGCUCAUGGAAAAAUUAACAGACAUGUUAUCCAAAAGUCUGAAAAAGAUUUCUGGACGAAGGAACUUUUUCGGCUUUCCGAUUUCACCCUUCAUCCAGCCCCCAUUUUUAUCAGGGCUUCUCCUAUAGUACUACUUGUAACUUGUUCAACGCCACCACCGACAACGUCGUGGUCAAGAAGGAAGAUUCUGGUGACGUCAUCUGGCUGAUGCUCAACUACAACCUGACCUCGUGCGGCUCUCUGGAAGACAUCGAAAUGGUUCCAAGAAAGAGAAAACAUUUUGUUUAGGGAUUUCAGAUUUGGUCGAAACCUUACUGUCAAAGUCUAACGUGUGGAGUUUACAAGCCGGUUUUGCAGUGGAAAAUUUCCGUUGAAAAUGACAAGUUCAGGUAAGAUAAAUGAUUAAAAUCUAACGUAUCAAUUUUUUAGUGCAAUCACCUCUCCCAACGAAACAAUCUACUGUGGCGGCAUGUGUUUUUGGCCAAAAGAACCUUGCGAAUCAGGCUACAGAAUGAUCCCACAAAAGGGAUAUGCCGACGCUGCUUGUCUUCCGGAACCAAUUGUUGAGUUAUAAAAAAUGACCAAUGUCCAUGAAUAUUGCGAAAAUAAAGCUUCGCUAGUUGGAAUGGCUAUUUAAAGAUCCAUCAUAAAGGGACAAAGACCUUUCUGAUGCUCGAUGACGAUUUUCGGCAGGUUAUAAAUAAAAAAAAAGCAUUUCACGGUUGCUAACCAUCAGAGCAAUAUUUGAAACCGACAGGACAUGUUGGCUCGUUAUUCCCUUUUAUUUCUUCUUUCGGAAUAUUUUUUCCUGGGUUGCGAUUCAAAUUCGUUUGUCCUAAUCAGAGGAACCUACACGGGUGUAAGUUCCGAUUCGCAACAUCCGGAAAUCGGAUCUGAGGACGACUGUAAGACAUUUUGUCUGAAGAAAGCAGGAUGUUGGGUGAGUUUUUACGGAAAGAACUUUCUCAAACUGGUCUGAUCCUUAUACCAUUCGGUUCUUCAUGAAUUUCUGGGUCAAAUCGUCUUACUCAAAAGUCGGCAAGACCAAAACGCGCUGAUUACUACUUGUUUGAAGUUCUAAAAUAAAAUCAUAUCCUAUGUGAUAACAAAUAUGUCUCAAAAUUCGAAUUGACGAGUUCUAUUCGGUCCCAUUCAACGUUUAUAAGUUUCUGCUCCAAAUGGUUUCAUUCAAAGCUUUGUAGGACCAAAAUAAAUUUACUAAGUAAAGCUUGUUUCAUUCCAUUUCUACAAAAUAAUUGUGUUACGAUACAGGGCUUCUCAUACACAACCAUCUGUAACAUCUUCAACGCCACUGCCGACACCGUCGUGGUCAACAGAGACUAUUCUAGUGACAUCAUCUGGUUGAUGAUCAACUACAACAUUACGACGUGUACGUCACUGGAGGACGUCGAAAUGGUUUUUAUAACUGUCCUGCUUUUUCACACUUCUAAGUUCACAAAGAACUUGGAAAAUUUAAAAACUGGUCGGAACACUUCAGGUUCUCACAGACACAACUUGCACAGCUCAUUAGUUUUUGAAUGGGCGUAAAGGAUCCAAAUAGCGUGUUUAAACGGAUUUUGAUGCUUUUAUUUGACUUUGAGAUGUCCUUUCUCAGAACAUAAAACAUUGUGCAGUUUGAAAUCCAGGUGAUAAUCCAGGUGAAAGUCGGCUUUCACCUGGAUUAUCCGGCGAAUUCCCAACCAAAAACUCAAAUGAGCUUCCUUAUCAGACCUGGUCAAAAGCCUACUGUCAAAGUUUAACGUGUGGAGUCUACUUGCCAGUGGUGAGGUGGAAAAUUAUUGUUGACAACGACAAGUUCAGGUAGAUCUCUCUAUCAUUGAUAUGAUAAGUUUCGGUUUUAGAGCCGCUCGUACUGCUAACGGAAGCGUCUCCUGUGCUGGCGUAUGUUAUUCGGAGCAACAUCUUGCGAUGCAGGCUAUGCAGUAA